AUGUCUUGCGAUUUGAUUUCUUUCUCCUUCGUUCAAAACAUCAAAUAUCAAAUUUCACCAUUGUUGCAUCUUCAAGCUUUAUCUUGCCAUUUUUAUUCCUCUCUUCAAACUCAAGCGUUGGACACUAGAAUGGAAGAAUCACUUCAAGCCUUUGAUGAAGUUGUUAGUUUCAAAGUUUAUCAAUGCUACAAGAUAGGACUUCCCAGAGCCAAUAAAGCCUUGGAUACCAUGGAAAGAAACAGAGUCUGGGCUGAUGGAAUAACAUAUUCUGAGCUCAUUAAGCUGUUAACGAGGCCGCUGCUGGUCAUACCCAUCUCAGUGGUGAAGAUUUUGAUAACAAAAUGGUUAACCAUUUUGUUCAAGAGUUUAAAAGGAAGAAUAAGAGGGAUAUUAGUGGGUGUCUUGAUCCAAGCAUUCGAGGGUGAAAGAUCUAAAACCAAAGACAAUAACUUGUUAGAGUAUUAA